AUUCCGAUUCAGCUUAAGAAUCCCAAGCUUUUUUGUUCGUUAAGCCACCGAAUCUCACAAGGAAGAGACCUAGACAGAGAGAGAGAGUUGAAGUUUUGUAAAGAGAGAAGCGACCGACUGAGCUCGGCGAAGCUAACAGCUUGCAUUUUGUGGUCUGAUUGGGGAAGUAGCUAAUCCACUUCUUUCUCCGUGUUGGAGUAGAUAUCGAUAGAUGGCUUCACUGUCGGAGCCUCCCCCUGAGAUAAACCAUGAUAAACCCUGUGGAAUCCGGAUCUUAGAAUACUCGAAGAAGUCAAAACUUUCCCGCAAAACACAUCAAACCAUUGUCUUGAUUGUGACGUUUCUUUCAUACGCUAGCUACCAUGCCUCACGAAAGACCACAAGCAUUGUCAAGAGCGCUCUUGAUCCCCAGUCACCAGAUGUUGGCCUGAAAGUCAUCCCAUGGAGGAAAAAAUUUUCGUGGGUCCUUGGUGAUGGUUGGGCUCCAUUUAAUGGAUCAGAUGGCACUGCAUUGCUCGGUGAAAUUGAUGUGGCAUUUCUUUCUGUAUAUGCCAUUGGAAUGUUCUUUUCAGGGCAUCUAGGGGAUAGAAUGAAUUUAAGAUACUUUUUAACUGUAGGAAUGCUGGGAACUGGUCUGUUCACCUCACUAUUUGGUGUUGGAUAUUGGGCGGGCGUCCACAAUUUUUACUACUAUUUGGCAAUGCAAAUGCUUGCUGGUCUUUUCCAAUCAACUGGAUGGCCUUCAGUUGUUGCAGUGGUUGGGAACUGGUUUGGGAAGAGCAAAAGAGGCCUUAUAAUGGGUAUAUGGAAUGCUCACACUUCAGUCGGGAACAUUUCUGGUUCUUUGAUUGCUUCUGCCAUGUUAUACUAUGGAUGGGGUUGGUCCUUUGUUGUGCCGGGUCUUAUUAUGGCAUUUGUUGGCUUGGUAGUAUUCCUUUUACUGCCUAUUAGUCCAGAAUCUGUUGGAGCAGAUGGCGAUGAUGAUGAUGAUUUACACUCCCCCAGGAAAUAUGGAGAGGAAGUAACCAAGCCCCUGUUGAGGUCAGAUUCAGAGGCUAAGGAGAAUGCUGUUGGGUUCAUAGAAGCCUGGAGAAUCCCCGGUGUUGCUACUUUUGCAUUUUGCCUUUUCUUCUCCAAAUUGGUCGCAUACACAUUCCUUUAUUGGCUACCUUUCUACAUUAGCCACACAGCCAUUGAUGGCAAGUAUUUAUCGAAUGAGGCUGCUGGGAACCUGUCAACGGUAUUUGAUGUUGGAGGAGUACUUGGGGGAAUUCUAGCUGGUCACAUUUCUGAUAGACUAGAUGCUAGGGCCAUAACAGCAGCAAGCUUCAUGUACUGUGCCAUCCCCAGUCUGUUUUUCUAUCGCUGCUAUGGGCACAUUUCCUUGGCUCUAAACAUGGUUUUUAUGUUCAUUUGCGGCAUGUUUGUAAAUGGACCUUAUGCCCUCAUAACAACAGCUGUCUCAGCUGACCUGGGAACACACAGUUCAUUAAAGGGGAACUCGCGAGCAUUAGCAACCGUGACAGCAAUUAUAGAUGGAACAGGCUCUAUUGGUGCUGCAAUCGGACCAUUAUUAACAGGUUACAUCUCUGCUACGAGCUGGAGUUCUGUUUUCACGAUGCUAAUGGCAGCAGCGCUAGUUGCAGGUCUGCUUCUUACCAAACUCGUUGUGGCUGAAGUGGGUGCAAAGAUUUCUGAAUCACGGGCUCAAGGAGCACCAACAUUACGGUCUCCUACCGCAGCCCUCGAUGCGUGAUUACUUAGAGGAAUGUUAAUUUAUGGUGGUUGUGUGAUUCCAGUUUGUAUAUGACCUUAGCUCAUAAUUAAUCCGCUGGUAAUGCAAGCGGCAGUGUUUCUGAGGUUCUCCAUAAUUUUAAGCACAUGGAGUGAAAAUCACUAGAGGAGGAAGGGAGGCAUGUUGUUGUCUGUAUUGUUUGUACAUUAUCCGUAUUUUAUAUAUCAAUUCAUGUUACAGCGUCAUCCAGAAGGAUGGCUUAUCUGAAUUUUGAUUUGAGUUUGACGUCA